UCAGUUCUCGACCUGCCGUCGUACUGAUAACACACGCCGGAUUGUGUCUCUCUUUCGCUCUCUUUUAUAUCGAAAUUGUUUCGGCGUUUUGCGUUUGUUUCAUCUUUCAAGUGUUAAUCGCAAGACGACCAGUUUCUUUUGAUCCCAAUUUUGAUUUCGGUUUUAUAUCGAGAUAAUUGGGAAAUUUUAGUUUCUUUUGGCUUUUAUUUAACCUGCCAGUUGUUUUUUUGUUGUUGAUCGGAUAAAUUGUGCGGACUGUUUUAUUUUGGAUCAAUUUGUCGUUCGGUUUACAAAUUGAUUUGAUAGUGAACAAGCCCAAGUGAAAAUCAUGAUCGUGGAUUGCGAUCGUGAGCCAAGUGGCCGACGCGUGGCCGCUCGAUUCGAUUGAGAGGCCCAGAAGAAGAAGAAGAACAAAAAAGGGAAAUUUUGGUGUUUUUCUGUUGUGUUUCUUUUUUUGAUUUUGAUACGUUCAAAGCUGAAAGAGAUCGACGAUUAGUUGUUGUUCAACGGCCCAGUCGUGAUGCUUUUAUGAAAAAAUCUCCAUAAGGAGAGUUGGAAAGAGGCGACAAGUUGAACGUCGAAGGCCCAUCCCAUCAUCAUUCACGAAAAAAGCGACCGAGGAGGAGCAACACCCCGAAAAUCCUUCAAAGAUUCCGCCCGCUCUGAAUAGAUUCAACAGCCAUGAUGAAGUGCCAGCUCAAGAUGACGCUCAUGCUGCCGGCCCUGGCGUUGAUUCUCGCGAGCCACUUGAUCUCGUCCGUCGGCGCCAACAUCUUCGAUAUUUCGGCGUUGUCUUAUCAGACGGUCGUCGUCAAAGCCGGCCACAGUGUCAACUUGACAUGUCCGGGAGUGAGUGAACUGUCGUUGAUUUCAGCGCUGGAAUGGCGCUGCCAAGGAUGUAAUUUGCCACCGUCCGGAUCCUCUUCAUCAUCAUCAUCUUCUUCAUCGGCGGCCAACGGAACUCGGAGUGUGUCCGGCGGUGGAUUGCACGGCGAAACGUCGGCCAUCAAACUGGUCGAGUACAGCAACAACGCGGUCGUCGUCUGGAACAACCAGGACCGGAUGACGCUCGACUCUCAGACCUACGCCCUCCAGUUCUUCCCCGUCCGGCACUACGAUCACGGAGAGUACACCUGUUUGGUCAACGAGCGACGCCGGCCCGACACCAUCAUCCACCUCGUCGUUCAAGAUGUUCCUGAUCCACCGGGCAGGCCGCUAAUUAUGGGCUUCACGUCCCGAUCGGUCAACCUCUCCUGGGCGCCCAGUCUCAGUUCACACGGCAGUCCCAUCAGCCAUUACAUCAUCCAUACCAGAGUUGGCGAAGAAGGCGAAUGGGAUGUGCAGAACGCCCUGGUGACAUUGACCAAUGCGACUAGUUCGCAGGUUAUCGGGCUGCUGCCUUACACUGUCUACAGCUUCCGCGUUGUGGCCAUCAAUUCGCUUGGGCCGAGCACGCCCAGCCGGGAAUCCUAUUACAUGGUGACACUCCGAGAAGUUCCCGACGGCAAGCCGCAAGUGACGUCGGCCCACAACUCGAGCUCGACGUCGAUCUAUCUCAACUGGAAGCCGCCGCCGAAAUCCAGCAUUCACGGCGAAUUUCUCGGAUACCGACUGGCUUACAAGCCACGCGACGACACCAGUCCCGAAUCGGUCCAGGAGAUUUUCCUCAGAGAUCCCAGCAUCGAAAGCCAUGCUAUUCAAGGCUUGCAGACGUUCACGCAGUACAUGAUUUCGCUCCAAGUGUUUAAUCCGGAAGGAUUGGGGCCAAGUUCCACCGUAAUCGUCAUGACCGACGAAGGAGUUCCCGGAAAACCUCUGAAUGUAUCAAUUGGCGAUGUUAAUGAUUCCACAAUUGCCCUCAGCUGGUCUGAGCCGGAAAAUCCAAAUGGUCUCAUCAAAGGCUAUCGAAUCUAUUUCAUGAGAAAGAAUUUCACUGAUGUCCAGACAGUCCGCAAUGGAGAAAAAUUUCAGAAGUUUAUUCUGACUGACCUAGAAUCCUAUAUGGAAUACAAACUUUGGCUGAAAGCUUUUACUUGGAAACACGAGGGUGAACCAUCUGAACCAAUUAUUGUUCAGACUGAUGUUCGUGGACCAAGUGCUCCUCGUAUUGCCAACCUAACCUGUCACAAUGCAGACACACUGUUCUUACAGUGGCACAGACCAUCUAUCUACAACAAAUCUAUUGAUUUGUAUUACAUUUACUACAGGAGAGAAGAUGCAUGGGAUUUUGAAGAAUUGGCUGUGGCAACCACAACUGAUCGCCUGGAUCACAUGAUGUUCCUUCCUAAUCUAACGACGAAUGUGAUGUACGAAGUGAAGAUUCGAGGAGCUACUCGAAGUCUCUUUUCGCCCUCUAAAAUCUACCCUGGUCUUUUCUCGGAAUCCCGCAAGAUUUUCGUUGCUCUCGACUGCGAUCGGCUUUCUCUGUCUCACGUUCAGAGCGGAAGCGAGAUUUUCAGUCAGGAUAUCGAGUUCAGCGCGGGCGUGGUUGCUGCCAUGGUUUGCGCGUCAUUUGCGAUACUUCUCUUAGUAUUGGCAUUUGUCCUUUGGCGGAAAUAUUUUCAGGCUGCUUACUAUUAUCUUGAUGAUGGGCCUCCCACAACACCCCCGCUCAACCAGCCAGCGUGGGAUGGUGGUGAACCUCCAACGCACAAUAACAUGACCGUAAUCGUCGAUGACGAUUCAGACUUUGCUGAAAGUAAAAAUAAGGAAUAUGGCGUCAAUGCCAAAGGGCCCAUUCCAGUGCCGCUUUUCCCCCAACAUGUGGCGACGCUGCAUGCUGACGGUGACAUUGGGUUCUCAAAAGAAUAUGAAUUUGUUCAAAACGCUUCUUUCCAAGGGGAACUCAAUUCUGAGCAUUCAAUGAAUGAGGAUAACAAGAAUAAGAACCGUUACUUGAACAUUGUUGCAUACGAUCACUCCCGGGUUCAAUUGAGGCCUUUACCAGGCCAGAAAAAGUCAACGGAUUACAUAAACGCUAAUUACAUCGAUGGCUUUCAGCAAUGCAGAGGUUAUAUUGGAACGCAAGGGCCACUACCGUCCACUUUUGACGCUUUUUGGAGAAUGAUUUGGGAACAGAGGGUAGCUGUCAUCGUUAUGAUUACCAACCUAGUGGAACGCGGACGAAGAAAAUGUGAUAUGUACUGGCCCAAAGAAGGGGUGGAAACUCACGGAGUUAUUCAAGUCAAAUUAGUCAACGAAGACGCCAGAGCCACCUACACAAUCCGGACCUUUUCGAUUAAGCAUCUGAAGUUGAAGAAGAAGAAAUCUCAGAGUGCAGAGCGAGUCGUCCUCCAGUUCCACUACACUAACUGGCCCGAUCACGGCACUCCGGAACAUCCGCUGCCUAUUUUGAGCUUUGUUCGUCAAUCCGCAGCAGCUAAUCCGAUUGGAGCUGGGCCAAUCAUCGUCCACUGCAGCGCCGGAGUUGGACGUACUGGAACGUACAUAGUGUUGGAUGCUAUGCUAAAACAAAUCGAAUGUAAAAAUGAAAUAAACAUUCGCGGCUUUUUGUGUCACAUCCGCAAUCAGCGCAACUUUCUCGUCCAAACCGAAGAGCAAUACAUAUUCAUCCACGAUGCUCUGCUAGAAGCAAUUCAAGCUGGAAAUACGAAUGUCCACAGCAGUCAAUUGACUCGAUAUCUCCAGCUUCUCCAAAGCGGUUUGCCGGCUUCGCUCUUGUCAGACAAGAUUAUAGGAAGUAAUUCGACUGCGAGUACACUAGACACGACAACUACAACCAUGACGAUGAAUUCCAUUGGCAGCCAAGAAGAUUUGUGGCUGUUGCUCGAUCAUCAGUUCCACCUGGUGACCAAUUUUCUGGUCCAAGAUUUCCACCUUUCAUCUGCCGUGAAAAAUUGCAACGUCCAUAAAAACCGCAACGCUGCACUUGUAUCCGUGGAAAGUGCCAGAGUUUAUCUUACACCAAAGCCGGGAGUUGAAGGGAGCGAUUACAUCAAUGCGACAUGGUUACAAGGGUAUCAAAAAUUAAAAGAGUUCAUCGUUACUCAGCAUCCGCUAGAGGCAACGGUGAGCGACUUUUGGCAGAUGGUCUGGGAUCAUAAUUCGCAAACGGUCGUUGUCCUCUCAGACACAGCAGACGACGAUUAUCAAGUGUUUUGGCCGCUAAAGCAGGCGGAUGUGGAAUUUGAAAACUUUCGCGUCCGGUUUAUUGACGAACAUAAAAUUCAAUUGCCAGCAGUUGGCAACCAUCCGGCACAUCCUGAUGAGUACGUGACCCAGAUUGAAGUUGCCGCUCAGUCUCUACAGGAUGAUUAUGAACUGCGGGUGCGCAUCUUUUACUGCCCCAGCUGGCCGUAUCGUGGUGCCGCCAACCCAGACCUGGCUGCCCUGUUCCGUCUGCCUAAAUUAGUGAUUGAUUCACACCAGCAGUAUCAGAACGGGCCCGUAGUAGUCGUUGACCGUUUUGGUGGUACAGAAGCAGCCACGCUUUGUGCGUUGACGACGUUGGUGCAGCAGCUUUCUCGUGACCAGCACGUCGAUGUCUACAUGUACGCCAAGUUGUACCACAGUAAGCGACCCAACGUGUGGCCUUCGCGGGACGACUACAUGUUUCUGUACCGCUGCGUCGAGGCCCUGCACCAUCACUUGCCCGUGCCACCCUCCACUCCGCCAACGCUCCAUACUUCCUUCAGCUUGCCACUGCAACUCAAUGGCUAUGCUGGUGGCGGUAUUGGUGACACGGUGAGUUUGACGUCACUUCCACCAUUGUGCACCACUCCGAGCACGACCAGCCCCAAUGGGGACGUCGUUUGUUUCAGAAUACCACCGGAUGGUAUGGAACAAGAAAUGGUGGACGUCGUGUGAAACUUUGCCAAUGCCAAGGAGAGGUUCUUUCUUCUUCGGCGGUUUCGUCUCUCGUUCGCCACGUUGACGAGUGCCAAAAAAUGGGUGCAACACCAGUGAGUGCAAGACUGCUGCUAAAGUAUUCGUCUCCUGCUCCCUUUAUAUACUCCCUCUUUGUGUCCCUUUUUUUUUUCGUUCCCUUCUGUGUAUUUUUUUUUGUUCUUUUCGUUCGUCUCUAGUCAAACAUCUGCACAAUUUUCUUUUAAGAAGGAAAUCACAUCGGUUUUACAAUCAUAUUCUUUUCUUUUCCCUUUCUGCGCAAUUCCAUUUAUUCUUCGGAUUGGGAAGAAUCCAAUUGACAGGUUAAGAUUGUUAUGACAAUUUUCAACAGUGUAUGAAUGGGAUGGGAUCAAGGGUAAUUCAUUACCGAAGACUAUUGUAGGUUGAGUUGAAUAUUAUCAAAUGUAUCUCAGGCUCAAAUGAAUUCGCACUUUGUAACGAUCUCCGAUUGACAAAAUUAGACAAAUUCUUCUUCCUCUUUAUUUUGCUUUUCUUUGUGUGUCUCACUGUACUGUCCCUCGAAACCUUCGUCGCGCAUUUCAUUGCAUUAUAUAUUUAUAUAAAUAAUACGCAUCCAUGUACAAUGAUGUGUCCGUGCAUUUUUCUGCAGCUCGUUCACCUUUGUUUCCUCUGUAUGGUGGCAAAAUAUUUCGAACUCGUCUUUAAUUAGACACCAAAUAUAUGGCUAAGUGCAGCUUUA